UGUGUUGUAGGUGAAUAUUUAUAUAGAGAUUUCUCUUCCUCACAAAAGGGCUGCUGGGGAGUUUGGAUAUCCAGAAUAUGGCAAAAGCAGAAAUAAGGCAGUCUUGUGCCUGGAAAAAUGAAGAAAAAUAUCUCCAACAAGAAUAGACAAAGGGAAACCAAAUGCUGACUUGUAAUCCUGUCUCCUGUGAAGUUUUCCUCCCUUCUACUGCUUCCAGCAUAAGCAGAGUUCUCUUGACACCUUGCAGAAACUUAGGAGCACCUGGCUGGCUCUCAAGGCACAAAGUGCAUGCUACAUCCUCAUGAAACCUAAAUGCAGACUCUAGAGAGGGCACCAGGCUCCAGUUAACGAGAUCUGGGAACAAAGACAGAGGUGCUCCUCCCUUGAACAGGUGCUUCACGUGACUGCUCAGUUCAGCAUUCAGCUCUCCUGUACCGAAGACUAACGAAAGAGCUCUUGCAGUUGGGCUCCUGCCAACAGUGCAAAUAACAAUGUGCUGCCUAAACGGAACGAUCAGUCUAAAUGAUUGGAAAUAGAAGGCUGGGUGUUAAUUUACCUGUAAAACGACUACAUCUUGUGCCUUUGGCAUUGCAAACUGACCAGCUUUUUGGAAGAUGACGUUUACUCCUGCCUAAAGCUGCUAUUCUGAAAAAAAACAGUAGAAGAAUGUGGAAGAACUUAAGCCUCCAGUGCCUUUUAGCACUAGCUAUUUUAUGCUUAAGAAGCUUAUAUAGCCAAGAGAUAGCCUCUCUAGGGGACCCCCAGAAUUUGAGAUGUGUAACGCACAAUUUACACAAAAUGCUCUGUACUUGGGACAUCUCCUCUAGAGGAAGACAUGGACAAAGUGACUUUUGCUACACUACCAACAACCUUACCCCUCAAGUAUGUUUUAAAACUAAGGAGAGAAGGGUUCAGAUUCCAGUCCCAGAGAGCUCCAUCACAGUGACAAUCAAAAGCUCUGGAACUGCUUUUGCUACCAAAGAAUUUGUAAUUCACCAGAAAGACGUCUCCUUUGUUCCUGUCACUCCGCACAUUCUUAGUUUAUUGCCUGACUUUCCAACUUCCACAUUAAAUCUGAAGUGGAGUGAUAAUGGAUCAAUUUUCCCAUAUGGACUGGAUGCCCUUUGGCAGAUUCAGAUACUCCGAAAAGAAGCAAUGGAAAUAGUCACACAAGUUACUUACUACUCAAAACUGACUCAUGAAGACGUCAUUAUUUCUUGGAACUGGACAUCAGAUAUGCCUUUGGAGUGCACAUCACACUAUGUGAAGAUUCGCUGUUACAUUAAUGCAACACAGUUUGUUGGCCCCAAGGAUUGGAGUGACUGGAGCCCAGCAGAAGUGAUCCCUGGAAAAGAUACUGAGCCUGGUGGAAGUGGAGUGUUUCCUCUGGACCCUGUGGUGGCAGUAGGUUCAGAUUUGACAUUUUGUUGCGUCCAUGAAGAAGAUCAGCGCAUAACAAAUAUGACUUACGGAUCAAAAUCCUACAGAAUGAUGCAACUGAGCAGUCGAAGCCAUGCCAUCAGAGUGCUAAAUGCCAGUGUUUCAAAUAGCAGCGGGACAAAUGUAGUGUGCAGACUCGAAAACGGGUUGGAAGGAAGUGUCGUGUUUGUAGGAUAUGCUCCUGAUAUUCCCCAAAACCUCAGCUGUGAAACAUCCAACUUUCUGAUAAUAAAAUGCACCUGGAAACCAGGCAGGCCCAGUGGACUAUAUGGAGAACGAAGAACAAAGUACAGUUUAUUUGAAAGAACAUCUGGUAAAAACGUUUCAUGCGAAGUCAGUGAAGUGAACAAAGACCAUGUCUGUGGCUUUCCAGUACUGCCUGAUCAAAAAACCUAUGAUUUCAUAUUAGGUGUCUCCAAUCCUAUUGGGCAAGCACAGUCAUCUCUUUUGGUUGAUAUAACUCAAAGAGUUCGUCCAAAAACCCCAGAAAAGUUAACUGUUACUGGGAACAACUGUACAAGCAUCCAACUGCGUUGGUUUAUAAAUGGCAGCUUUGCUGAGAUCAGGCUUCUGUGUCAAAUUGAAAUUAGCAGUAGUCAGUCUGAGAGAAAACUGCACAAUGUCUCCAUGCCUGGUCGGAAAUCCUCAACUUACACAGCUCAGCUGAAUGCUUUGCACCCUGACACCAAAUACCAGUUCAGGGUGCGCUGCUCAGCUGCUGACCACUUCUGGAGGUGGAGUGACUGGAGCAGGGGAGUGGAGCAGACAACAGCAGAAGCCCCUCCUGCAAGAGGACCAGAUAUCUGGAGAGAAAGAAGUCCUUCUGGUGAAAGCCUAUUGGUCUUCUGGAAGCCCUUAUCCCUUUCUGAAACCAAUGGAAAAAUAGUGUCUCAUGAAGUGUCCUGCCACAUGCUAGAGACAUUACUGGAGCAUAAAGUAGUCUUUGAACCCUCAAACAGUACUGAGAUAAAACUUGGAAAAAGUGAUUGUGUAAUUAGCGUUGUAGCCAGAAACCAUGCGGGCUCAUCUCCCCCUUCAAAGAUAACAAGCGUGGAACUUCCAAGUGACAAUGUCACAACAGAUCAGGCCGUGGCAAUGGGGAAUGGAAUUAAUAUUUCUUGGGAUUCUUACCCCAAUAUGACAUGCGGCUACAUAGUAAAAUGGUGUCAUUCAUCUGGGUCUGAACCCUGUAUUGUGGACUGGCAGAAAUUUCCUUCAAAUACAACAAAUGCGGUAAUAAAAUCUGCUCUGUUCAAACCUGGCGUGAGAUACAACUUUUCUCUGUAUGGCUGCAAAUCCAUGGGAUAUCAGUUGUUGAAAAAUGUAACUGGCUAUAUGAAAGAACUGCCUCCAAAGACUGCACCAAAUUUUAUUGUUGAAGAAACUUCCUCAGAUUCUAUCUUGGUAAAAUGGGAAGACAUUCCUGUUGAUGAAUGCCGAGGGUUUUUAAAAGGAUAUCUUCUUUCCUUUGCAAAAGGUGAAAAAGAUGCUUUAAAGCCUAGACUUUCAGAAUCAGGGAAUCCAGAACUUAAAGUUAACAAUAUCACUGACUUAACAAAGAAGUCUAUGAAAAUACUUGAUCUUCAAGGCAAAACGAGUUACCAGCUGGAACUACAAGCCUACACUGCUGGUGGGUUGAGCCCUCCAAACAGCCUCUACGUGGUGACAAAGGAGGACUCUGUAGGAUUAAUCAUUGCAAUUCUCAUCCCCGUGGCAGUGGUGGUGCUGCUUGGAGUGUUGGCCAGCAUCCUCUGCUACCGAAAGAGGGAAUGGAUUAAAGAAACAUUUUAUCCAGAAAUCCCAAAUCCUGAGAACAGUAAGGCACUGCAGUUUCAGAGGAACAUCUGUGAGGGGAAUAAGACACUUAAAACACUGGAAAUGAACCCAUGCACCCCCAACAGUGUUGAAGUGGUGGAAACACAGUCUACAGCUCCAAAGAUUGAAGACACAGAGAUGAUGUCCCCAGCAGCAGAGACCACUGUGCUUGAAGAUGGCUCUGACUCAGAAAUGGACAACCACGUUGUUGUGUCCUACUGCCCCCCUAUCAUUGAAGAGGAGAUCUCAAAUCCCCCUACAGAUGAACCUGGGGGGUCAUCUCAGGUGGUUUAUAUUGACAUCCAGUCAAUGUAUCAGCCUCAAAUUAAACCAGAGGAGGAGCCCGAAAUAGACUUAGUGACUACAGCAGGCUAUAAGCCUCAAAUGCAGCUGUCCAUCAGUGCUCUGAAAAUAGAGGGUCAUUCACCUGUGGAAGAAGAAUUGGAUAAAACUACAGGAUACAGACCUCAAACAAACAAUAACACCUGGAACAUGGGCACUCCAGACUCUCCUGGAUCCGUUGAAAGCAACAAUGAAAAUGCAUCUUUUGGGAGCCCAUGUUCAAUUAAUUCCCGACAAUUUCUGCUUCCCCCAAAAGAUGAUGAAGACUCUCCUAAACCCAUUAACACAGGGUGGUCCUUCACACAUUUUUUUCAGAACAAACCAAAUGAUUAACAGUGAGUCCUCAUUGCACGUGAACCUGCCUUCUGAAUAAGCUUUUAUUCCUGAUGUUGUAAAGAAAGGAAGAAGAAAAGUGCAAAAGGCAUGAAUUAUUCUUGGAGACAGUCAGCAGUUCUAGUGAGCUGAAUGUUACCAUGUUUAAGUUAGUCAGAGUGUUAAUAUUCCAUUGUAAUAGAGGCUGAGAGGCCAAAAUUAUAGCAAUUUAGUUAUUACUCUAGUAAAAUAUAUUGGAUGUAAGGGGUUUUGAAUUUACAGCCCCUGAUAAUUAUAGUCAAAGAACUCUGCCUACCUUCACAUAGUGCUCCAAGAUUAACAUGGUCUCAUGCAAUUUAUAACUUGGAAAGAUUGCUUUGCUUUGUUGUAGUUGUUCUCAAUCAAGCAGACUCAAAUGAUGCAGCGCCAACAGGUUUCCUUACUGAAGGUUUAAUUUAUAGCAAAUCUCAGUCGAAGACACAGAAACAAUGUGGGAAACUGUUGAGAUCUUUUACCUAGUUAUAACUAAGAACAAAUGAGAGUGCUAUUUUUUUUCUUCUCCUGUAUGGAAGGUUAUUAUCACUGUUUAACACUUACAAAGCAAUGGCCAUUCGAAUCUGUUGCUUUUUAACUAGACACUAAUUUCUGUACCUACUGUACAAUGUUUAUUAAAUGUUUGACUCAGGGGUACAAACUUGGGGAAAAGAAGUGUAACACUGAUUGAAACCUCAACAAGAACUGCAUAAAGUUUAAAACUUCCUUUUUUUAACAAAAACUUAGAAUGCUCUAUAUUUUUUCUAUCUUUUGGUUAAAGAGUUAAUCUUUCCUAAUGUAUUGCACUAAUACAUUUUGUAUUUCAUAGCUUCUGCUCCAGAUCUCCUGCUUUGAAGUGGUACAGUAGUCCAUUCACCCUCAGUGUUCAGCAGUCUUUGCACUAUGCAGUAAUGUAAGCCACAGGAAAUCUCUGUCUACUCACCUUAGCUGCUGAAGCAGUUUGGCACAUGAAAUUAGAGGUAGUAGGACUAGCUCCUUGAGAAGAAAUUGCUCUUUGGAUGGUCUUUAUUGUAUUAGCUUUGUAUUACCUGCUGCCUGGCUUAUCUUAAGUGUCUACCCAACAGGACCUUCUGUACAAAUCCUACCUGGGAGUACAAGGUAGGAUUUCUCUAGUGGCAGGGAGAAACCCAGGGAGGUUUUAGUGCCGCUAAUUCUACCUCUCCUUUACCAGAUAUGUGAUGCAAAGAAAGCUUAAAUGAUGUGCAUUUGUGUGCUUAAAGGAGUGUUUAGAACAAUCAUCUUAUAAAAUGCUUGUUUUUACAUGUGCAUCUCUACACAACUGUAACUGUAACAUUUCACUGUGUACAUUUCAGGCUGUGGCAUACAUGAAAUUCACUAGCUCACAGGAGAACCUUUUGAGAAACUUACCUGUUUCUUGCUGUAAAACAGUGGGGAGGAAUCAAAUGUUAAAAGAACUUGAUCAAAAUGGGUCUCCAUGAAGUCAUAACCAUUUUUUAAAAAAUCUUCAUUUCCUUAGCUACUUUGUAUUUUGUUUAGGGUUUGAUUUUGUUGGGGUUUUUGUUGUUGUUGGAUUGUUUUCUUGGUGUUUUUGGGGGUUUUUGGUUUUCUUUGUUGUUGUUUUGUUUCGGUUUGUUUGUUUAUUUGUUUGUUUUUAAUAAAUAAGAGACAGGAAUAGUUUUCUAAACAGGUAAGGAGACUGAAUUGGGUAGGCUGCUGAUUGUAAAGGUAUGAGAGUAGAUUAGGAGGAUGACUUAUCUUGACAGAUAUUUGGUCUCCAAACCACAUGAUCUGGCCAUUAAAAUAAAACCAAGCAUAAGGUUAAACCUAAUCACACCAAUGGAUGGUUAAUUUUCCGAAGCUAGCAUGUCUCUGCCAUCUCCAUAGAACAAAAGUGUAGAGGUGCUUCAAAACUGACAAAAAGGCAAAUCACUAAAUACUUACCAUCAUAGGUAACAACUUCCUGUGUGUGGCUCCUGGAAGAGUGAACAGUGGAGAAGUGAAAACCAGGUUAGUCUGCAGGCCUGACAGAGUGCAAGGUGUCUCUGAAAGAGCAGAAAGUGCACAUGGGAUUCAUCUGUUGAGUCUUUGAAUUAGUAGGGCUGCGCAAAGAGCUGAGGUCCAUUUGUGACCAGGCAUCAGCACAAGGGAAGUGCCAUAGCCUAUUACUUAGAACACUAAACUAACACAUGAAAGGAAGCAGUUAAACCGCUUGUGACUGAUAGCUGGGAGGAGGCUAAAUCCUAAUAGUAACAACUGUUUUUCAUCAUUAUUUUUAGAUUAUUUCUUUUCACUAGUGUAGAUUUGGCUUAACGUGUCCAACUCCUGCAAUGAAUUUUAGCUUGUGCUGCUAUAUGCUUUUAGUUGGAAGCAGAUGAUGUUGUGGACAGUGUGUAUGGGUAGUGGAUUGAGGUUUUUUUUUUAUUGAGCAGUUUCUUAGUGGAGAGGAGCAGUCAGUAUUGUUUGGUGAUCCAAAUGAAAAAAACCCCUCUGUAGCAGAACAGCUGACCAUGAAGAAUGACAGUGCUUUUUAUACAGCUGUGUAUUGCAAGAAGUAAAAUCAAACUGCAGCUUCAGAAUACUAGCAAAUUUUAGUUUGUAGACUGGAAAUCAGGAGAGCUGCAGAGAACACACAGAGCUCACAGGAAGCUGUUUAGGAUCGUUUUCAGUGUUCACAUGGUGAAUCGCUUACACAUAAACAACACAUACUCAGGUUUCCCAGUGUGCUGCUCUUCCUGUUCAGUAAAGACAACAACAUUUUAAAUUGCUUCAUUUCUUAGUGAUUAGGUAAGGAAGACCUCCACAAAUGCAUGUUCUGCCUCAAUGUUGAUGUUAUAAACUCUCUCUUACCUAAUUAUUCAUCCCUCUUUUUUUUCCUUUUUUUUUUUAAUUCUUGAUUGUAUACCUGGUGUUCUGACUUUCAGGGUGCAGAUCAGGAAGGUCCUUUUCACAGCAAUGGCUUUAGUAACAGAAGAGUGGGGCAGAUGUGGGAGAGACACAGGCUUGUGCAGUGUCUGUAGCAUCAUUGUUGUUUAAUGCUGAUCAGCCAGUAAGCAGUUGACAUUCCAGCACUUGAGAGUUCAGCUGCUUCACCUCUGUGGUUUCCUUUGAGCCUGUUCAGUGCUACCUUUCAAAGGCCUGUCUCAGAUCUUCAGCAAUGAAUUCAGAUGCGUGGGGAGAGGUGCUGUGCUAAUGUUGUGAUCAGCCACCCCUAGGUGCAUGGAGCAGUAGGGAUGAAUGAUAAGGACAGCCAGGGUACAGACUUGCAUUCUGAGCCCAAGUGCCAUGUUAAACCAUGCUUCCAAAGCAUCUUUAGAACCAAAUACUCUUUCAAAGCAUGGUGCUCUUUCAUAGCCUCUAAAUGCUUUGAUAACAAUUGUAAGCUUCAGAGGGGAUCCGAUUCUUUGUACUAGUGCCUUCUAGCUUCCUCAUGAGCCUCUUUGGAGCAUUUAUUUUCUGAAAAAUAACUUAGGAAUCCUAAAGUUUAAACUGGAUUUCCUUACCAUCAUUUUACUGAACAUUUAUUUUUAGUUCUUUUGGCUUUUUACUUCAUUUUUUAGGAGAGUAGAAAGUGCAGCUUAAAAAAAAAUUAAAAAAUAACCAAACAAAGAACAAAACCCUACAACUUCCAGAAGGGAUAUGACCAGAAGGGAUUGUGUCCAAAUCAUAUCAUGCCUAACUCAUUGCUUCAAUCCUCCAGGAUCAGUGUUUGGAGAUGUAGGGUAUUAAUGCCAAGCAGUUGCUUCCUGAAGAAAGUCGUUGGUUCUGCUGCUUUUUAUUUUUGAGCCAUGCCUGCCAUGUGUGACAAUUUAGUGUUUUUUAAUGGGUUUUUAUACUGCUCACUGUAUAUGUGGAACAUCAGUCACAUUUGAUGUAUCAUUGUGCACUCUCCUAUUUGACACAUUAGUUAUUUUUGUUUUUCUGGCAUGCACGAGAUCUGGGAUCUCAGGCUUGGGUGUUAGAUUUUGGGAUGGUAGAUCUGCAUGUGAUAUACCUCACAGAACUGCUAGUUAAUAUAUCAACAAAAUAGUAAGCUAAUAUUACAGGCAGGCAGUGAAUUACCUCCCCUGCUAUGCAGUGGCUGUAUAGGCAGACCUAGAACCCAGUAAGUGACAUUUGCUGUCUUUGUUAUCUCUAGCUGCUGCUUCCAUGGGUAAGCCAUUUCCAAAUGGAGCCAGUUGCUGUGUUGUUUGUCAUGGCACAGUUGGCAGAUGUGCUGUGCUUCUUCAUCUUUGGUUUAUGUGGGGGACCAGAACUUUCCUUUGCUAGGAACGUGGCAGCAGGAGACUGCUGCUGACCUCGAGCUUUAGGCUGCUCUGAGGAGGCAUUUUCAAGCCACCUUUUUUGUUGUUGGUAGGUUCAGCUGGGUAAAGCUUAGUGCUGUGGUUUUCCCUGCAAUUGUGUCCUACAAGACACUCAGUUGAACAUGAAUAGGAGCAAAAAUGAAAGUGAUUGGGUGCACUGGACAGAGGAGGUGUUUAGACAUCACUCUGAAAAGGCAAUGAUAAAUUGUGUGCUCAAUUUCUAAAUAAAUACUGUUUUGUAAAUAGAUUACUUGUAUCCCUACAAGUAGAUAGAAAUAUAGUAAAAGAUUCUGAAAUAUAUUAGAAAAAUGUAACAUUUAGAGAAUGAGAUUCCUAACAAAGCUCUGUGUACCCUAAAUCUAUGAAGAGCUUCCCAUGUAAAUAGCAUCUUCUGUCAUGCCACAGACUUUGAUGAAGACUUCAGUGACAUUUAAUAUUUGUAACACCAAGUCCUAAGCCUUUAUGCACACAUGUGCUUGCAUCAGAAUGUGCUUAGGUGCAUAUGGCAGAGGAAGUCAGCUAGCAAUUGCCAAAGUGAUUUUUUUGGAGUCCUGUACAUGCAUAUGUACCUUCUGAGACAGUUUUGUCUAGAGGAAGUACCUGCUAUCUUGUGCUUCUCCCAACACACUUUGCAGCACUUGUGGUGCUGUGCAUUAAGUGGUGCCCUAUGGCCAAUGCUCAAAAAUGCUGUUAGCAGUUUGCAGUAUUUGUUGGUUUUCUCCCUUACCUUUUCCUUAGCCAGCCUGGAAACACGGUCCCAGACCCCAAAUGCUAGACAAGGAUUCAGAAAUGCUGGAGUGUUUAAUUCCCUUAUGUUUAAGAAUGUCUUGGAUAUCUCAUUAGGAGACGGAAAACAGUUUCUUCCACUACAAUUUUUCCCCUCCCCCAUUUAUAUAACUCUGGAUUUCCCCUAGUGUUUCUAAGAUAGGCAAUGUUUGUUUCCUUUUUGCAUGUUACACAAACAAACCUCAGAUGAUAUUGGCAGGCUUUCUGUAGCUUUUUAAGUUGUCCCAGGGUGUGUGACAAUUCUUCUCCCCCACAAAAACAUCUAUUAAUUCCUUCUGCUUUUACAACUGAAAAAAAUAUACCUCCAGAGGACUUUUGGGUUUUGGAGGGCAGGGGUUCAGCAUCCCCAUGCAGGUGAGCUGGUCUAAUGGCAGGGUGUUUCACGAGAGCAUGGGGUUAAUCCCUCUCUCACCCUCUUCUUGCAACAGCACUGUCUAGGUGACUUUGUGGUGCUCUGGAGCAGAUGAAAUCCUUGGUUUUCAAUGUGAUACCUAACAAAAUCUCUAGGACUGUCCCAAAUCUGCAUUUUGACUUAAAGCAAGCUUCAAUAGAGGUGUAUGCACAACUUCCACUAGAAGGCUCAAUACCUUUGCAACUCACUUGAUCUCAUAUUGUGCAAAAGGUAGUGAGUAAAACUAACCCAGGAACAAAGCAGAAAGUGAAUUUUUUUCAUUUUCAUUACUUGGAUUAAGAAAAAAAAAUAAAAAUAGCUUGAGUAGGGCAAAAUAAAAUAGAAAGGUCACAUUCUUUAGUAGUAACACAAUAAAAAAAGAAUCCUUGAACAUCGCUCUGUCAGUGUUUUCUUAAUGUAGUUUAAGAAUGGCUUUGGAUGAACAACAUUUUACAUUUGGUAGCAUGUCAAAAGUUUGUAAAGCUGGGGAUAACAAAAAAGAAGACAGCUGAAUCAACUCAUGUCUGAAAUCCUACUUGAAGGUAACAGUAAUUUGAACUUUUAGCCUGUUGUGGCGCACAAAACAUCAGAACUGGUGGAAUCAUACAGGUCACCUAAAAACCCACAGAAUAUUGUAUUAUAAUGCUGUAACUUUAAGACAUAUACUGUGAACAGGUUCAAUGUUUGUUUAUCUCUUUUUAUACCAUAUUUUUUACAGCAUAAAUAAUUUGCUUAGAGAUUUUUUUAUGUUCUGUUUUUAUGAAGAUUUUAAUGGACUUCUGUUUAAUACUAGUGAAAAUAUUGUUUGCCAAUUUGACAAUGUCAUCUAUAGAUGUUAAUUCUGGGAAUAAAUCAAUAGAUUGACCUGAAUAAAAUAGUCUUCAUAACAUACUAAAUCUAAUAAGUCAUUCAACAUACUUUUGUUGCUAAAUGAUACUGAAAUUUUCCAGCUUCCAAAUCUGCUAUUGAAAAUUUACUUCUUUCUUGAUUUUAGCAAAAUCAUCACAAGGCACUUUAAUGAAGCUGUAGCAUGCCAAGUAAAAUACUGUUUCAACAAAGUGUAUCAAUACGAAAAUUUAUCAGCUAAGCAGUUAAACAAAUGCAUGCUUUAAAAAACGAAGCAUGGGAUCAUGUUGGGGAUAUAAUAUUUCAGUGUGGCAGUUGACAUUUAAGACUAACCUAACACUAAGAUACAAUUUGCAUACAUUUUAAAUCUAGUUUGCUUGCUUGUUGUAACUCCUGUUGUAUUGCUUGAGUGUCUAAAAGUAAGCAUGUGUUUAACAAUUUUGCCAUAGUAUUGCCAUGAAAUUUAAUAAAUAUAUUUUCUUACACUCUUA